AUGUGUUCUCCCGCCAGUUCCAAAAUCCUAUACAGGAAUCCCCGGUUUCUCCGGUUAGCUUUUCUGCAGCUUCAUCACCAGCAACAGACUGGUGUGUUCUGUGAUGUCCUUCUGCAGGCAGAAGGUGAGGCAGUCCCAGCUCAUUGCUGCAUCCUGUCAGCCUGCAGCCCCUUCUUCACGGAGCGCCUGGAGCAGGAGAGGCCAGCUCAGGGUCGGAAAGUGGUGCUGGAGCUGGGGGGCUUGAAGAUCAGGACACUCAGGAAGCUGGUGGACUUCUUGUAUACCUCAGAGAUGGAAGUAUCUCGAGAAGAAGCCCAGGAUGUGCUUUCUGCUGCCCGUCAGCUCCGUGUAUCUGAGCUAGAAUCCCUUCAGCUAGAGGGUGGGAAGUUGGUGAAGGCCCCCCAGAGCCGGAGACUGAACCGGGAGUGCUUACAGCCUCCAAGUGCUGCACCAAUCUCUGCCAGGGUGGUGGCGUCUAGCCGCCGCCCUCGGACUCCACUGCCUGCAACCCAGACUCCUUGUCCUCUUCGGCCAGUAAGAUUGAAGUCCUCGGGGAAGGAGGAGGGGCCCUUGGAAAAAAGCAACCGACAGAAUGCAGAGAAUUUGUCUGGCCAUCUGCUCAAGAAGAAGGCCAGAGCUUGCCCAACUCCACAAGAAAAAAGCUCUUCACCAUCAAGCCACAGUCAGGGACCAAGAGAGGACAAGAGUGACCCUGCCCUUGCUCCUACAGCACUUUCCCCACCCGGUAUGUACCCCUCUGUGGAUGAGCGGCUGUUGCCCAGAAAGAUCAGACUGAGUCGCUCGAAGCCGUCCCCUGAUACCUGUACCUCGAAGCCUUCCAGCAUGGUAAGCGGACCUAGCUCAGUACCCACAGCCCCUGGCCGGCGCCUUUGGCGGCAGAAGAAUAUCAAUAAAGUACCAGAGGACAAGGAGAAACCGGGGGGAGCUAGUCCUCUACAGAGCAUCCCAAGCCCAUCUGGCCUUGGAAAGACAGGUGGGAGCAAGAAGCGGAGCCCUGAAGUCAGGGCACCGAACUCAGACUCUGCAGAAGAGGGGCAGGUUGGAAGAGUGAAACUUCGGAAGAUUGUCAAUGGGACGUGCUGGGAGGUGGUACAAGAGCCUCCCCUCAAAAACUCUCAAGAUAGCCCUCAGAUCCCAGAACCUCAAUACUCAGAAGAGCCUGCGAGUACUCAGCCAUCCUCACUUAAUGAGCAGGAACAGUCAUCUGCUCCAGUAGACCUGUGUCAGGACUCCCCAGUGUGUUCUAGGCUACAAGACAUUCUGCUCUCUGCUAGCCACUCCCCAGACCACCCAGUGGUGAAGUCUGAGUUCGGGUCCAGUCCAGAACUGGUAGGGAAGGAAUCUGGGUUGGAUAUUGACUGCAGAGAGCCCUAUGCAUUUGACACAGCCCUGCUGGGGCAGCCCUGCGAAGCCGAGGAGUACCGCAUCACAAGUGCUGCUGCCACCAGUGAGCUGGAGGAGAUCCUGGACUUCAUGCUGUGUGGCUCAGACACUGAGCCCCCCAUGGGGUCUCUGGAAAGUCCUGGAGCCCAGGGCUGCAGGACCCCUAGCUAUCACCUGACAGAAACAGGAAAGAACUGGAUCGAAGGGGAGGAAUGGUGUUUGCCAGACAUGGAACUCUGGCCCAGGGAGCUCACAGGACUGGAAAAGGAACCUGUUGGUGAGGACAAAGAACCAAUUGAGCCCUUUAGCCCCCUUGUUAUGCCCUCUGAGAACAAAGAGCCAACUGAGUCCCUUAGCCCCCUUGUCAUACCCUCUGAGGUGAGUGAAGGGGAGGUACUUUCAGUAGGACGCUCUUGGACUCCAGAUCUAGAAAUUACCAGUUCCCAACCACUGGAUGGUCAGAGAGAUAAGCUUCAUACUGACUCUCUUGACCUUCCCCACAGGUCCUAUGAGGACCUCUCACCUCCCUGUUCAAACUGUAUGGAGACUAGGCCAGAAGUGUCCCUAAGUAUGGAUGAGGUAUUGUAUUCUGCUCCAGAGGCAGGCAAGGAGGUACUUGGCAACUCUGAGUUGUCGGACCCACUUCCUGCCAGCUCUGAAGAGGAAGAGAUUGAUGUGGUGGACUGGACAUCAGAGGGGAGGCUGGUGCCCACAGGUAUCCCCUCUGUGUGGCCCGACCCUUCCUCAGAGUCAGACACAGAGGUGGACAUAAUGACGUAGAACAGGAAGUACAGGUUAGGGGCAGCGGGAGGGUGGGAAAUGUUGGCUAGCAAAAGGUUUACUGGCAGAGGCUAGCACGUGCCCUGUCCUCUUAGCACAAAAGGCAGGUGUACUCCUAGUUCUCUUUAGGUCCCUUCCUCUCCUCCCUAGGCUUUGGGAGCCAGGCAAAAGUAGUACCAUGGGUACAGAAUUAUGCACUUGAACCAUCUUAUUUCUUUGUAGUAUAUUUUCCAGUUAGUGAUAAACAAGUGAAACUAUAAACUGUGUGGUCCCCAACUCUACUGGGUCAUAAAUAACAACGAACACCAGGUCUCCUAAGUUAUGAGGCAUCUAGUCACUGCUAAUUCAAUGAUAAAUGAGAAAGAAUACCCUCUGUGAAACAGAAAAUGUUCCAGAAGGUGUGAAACAGUGCUGGGGUGGAACAAGUGGGUAUGUGUGUGGCUUAUUCAAUCCAGCAUGGUGGGUCUAGCCAAACCUCUGCAGAGACCAAAAAGACAUAACUUCCAUCAUCACUUCCAAGAAGUGAGUUGAAAAAGAUAGAUGCUUUUUAAAAAAAAAAUAAUUUACUUUUUUUCCCCCCACAGUUUUUGCAAGUAUUUCACAUGAUCUACCAGAGAACCUAGGAGCUCCAGGUUAAUUUGUGACCUCAAUAUGAAAAAUACAAGGGGAGCCA